CCUAAAACAUGGAAACGAGGCUUCUUGUCUUGAAAUAUGAUAUAUUGAAUCGGGAAGCUAUUUGUUUGAACCGUGAAACCCAUGAACUUCUUCACGCAAACCUUGUGGAAAGUGUACAGCCACAAAUUGGCCAAUUUCUGGCUGUCGAAAAUCUGAAAAUUGUUCAAAUUGACGGUGUCUGCUUCAUAAGUCCUGAGUGCGGAACCAUAGUUAUCGAACCGCCGGCUCCGGAAGAUUGUGUCAUAUUGCCAAAGGAAAAAACCGAUGUUGUCAUGUUUAAAAGUUGGAUUGGAUUCAGUUCGGAUCCAAGUCAUCUCACUUAUGAUCGGAAUAUUGGAUACGCCGAUUGGUAUGGUCCCGUCAAUUGUUCACAGUUUAAAGCAAAAAACACUAAAGUCGCAUUUUUUAAAUAUUUAAUCGCAGUAAAUGACCUAGAUUAUAAAAAUACAGGCGAAUGUCUAAUGAAAGCUGUUCAACUAGUAGGAGUAAUUGAUAAUCGAGAUGCUGCGGAAGUGCGUUUGAAAAUGAUGGAAUUUGAAAGGAAACGAAUUGCAGAUAUUCAGAGAACAACAAAACAAACUCGUUUGAUUGAAACUGUUGCCUAUCCUAUCCUGCCGUCGGCACAUCAACCAUCUUCAAAUCAUUCCUACACUGGAAGAUCUUCGUGUGAUAGUCUGAGACCACAACCGGUACCGGCGGCAAGAAAGUUAAGUGAACAACCGCAAACUGUACAAAAUCAGGCUCCCUAUAGAGAGCAAAUCAACCAGCAACGCUCGGUAACUAACAGCAUUUAUGGAGAGUUCAGUGGUGUUGGACGUACUGAUCAACCGCUUGAAACUGCAAAUUCGCGAGGCUCAACUGAAUAUUAUUCUGGCAGAAGUUCCAGCUCAUCAGAUCAAGUUAUAAGAAAUGAGCCCCAACUCCCAAAUCCUGCACCAAUACUUCCAGAAUCAAUGGGAAUGGUCACGUAUGAAAAUGGAAUAAUGCAAAUUGUAUAUCUUCGAAGCGUUCAAAAAGCGGCGAUUCAUUAUUGGUCCAAACAUCAAAUUACAACUUCUCUGGGAAGUGUUUUCAAUUGUAGUUUUAAGCCUAUUCCAGUUCAAGCAACUACUCAUUGGGCACCAUUUGAGAUUACGGCAAUAAAUAAUGUUAACAAUGAAAAAAAUGAGGUGAAAACCGUUGGAAAAGAAUGUUUCGCAUUGUUCAAAGUCGAUCUUUCUCGGCCUGAAGGAAAGUUUAGUAAAUGGACAACGAUCGGAGGAAAUCCGAUUUUCAGCUGCGAAAUUGUUGGUUAUGUUAUGUUGGCACAUAGUGUACUAGGUCCCCAACAAAAUCAGCUAUCCAUUCUGAACGUGGCACAGAAUUACUACAACCGGAAGGUGGCCGAGAACAUUUGUUGUUUCUGUCGAUUUGUGCGUAGGCAAGUACCACGAAUGAUGGUCGAUUCUCAUUGGAUUUCUGAAGAUGAAGAAGUGGAAGUUUUUAUAUGGGAAUUGGUGGAAAUAGUUGGUGCCAGCGAAUUAUAUAGAAAGAGACAAGAACAGUUGGAGAUUGGAAACUUAGGAGACACUGCUGAUAAUGUGAAAAGACACAAUGACGAUAUUGAGAUGCAAAAGAAACGUGCUCAACAAGAACAUUUUGCUCAGCAACAACGACCAGCAGGCAGUUCAAAUAGUUAUCAAACAGAAAAUGCACAACAACACAGCAUGUCAAACAACAUGCAAUAUUAUCACUCGCAGGCGCCUCCAGUAUCUUCCAGAUCUUCAAUUAGUUUGGGUGAAACUGCUGAAUUCAAAAAUAAAUUGGAACGAACCAAUGAUAUGAUGGAAUCUCUGUGCGAUGCGAUUAAAAAGUUUUUGGACAACAGGCAGUUGAAGGAAACACUGAGAGGUUAUAAUCCGAGAAGACUACAAGCAUUGGAAGAAAAAUUGAAAGAGUGCUCGGAGCAUUUGGAAAAUAACUAGUUAUGUGAAAAGUUAUUAUUUGAAAAGAUAAACGAGUUUAUGC